AGUACUGCUUUCUCUCUUGUGAGCGGACCAUAGGCAGUUUGACAGUGGUACUUGAAACCUAUGCUUGAAACGGCUGUCAAGGCUCCAUUCUCUCUAACGUUGUACGACUCAGUGAACAGCGUACUACUCGUAGCAUGGCAUCUGAAGAGCUGGCUAGGAAGCUGCAGUCGCGGCUGACCACUUCGCAGGAGGCUGAGCCGAGGCCGGAGCGCGAACAGAGCCCGGUCCGACCCAAACCGCAGGAGGCCGAGGCAGCCUGCGGCGACUCGUCCUCCGAGCUGUCUGCCAAACUGACCCGCAGACAGGACAUCAACGAGGGCAACGCUGCUCCUCGACUGACCCGCAUCUUCAACCCCUACACGGAGUUCAAGGAGUUCUCCCGCAAGCAGAUUAAGGACAUGGAGAUGAUGUUCAAACAGUACGACACUGGUAAAGACGGCUUCAUCGACCUGAUGGAGCUUAAGCUGAUGAUGGAGAAGCUGGGCGCUCCACAGACCCACCUGGGCCUCAAGAACAUGAUCAGAGAGGUGGACGAAGAUUUUGAUGGCAAGCUGAGCUUCCGAGAGUUCCUGCUGAUUUUCCGGAGAGCAGCAGCUGGAGAGCUGCAGGAAGAGAGUGGUCUGAUGGCUCUGGCCAGGCUGUCGGAGAUCAACGUCUCCACUGAGGGAGUGAUGGGGGCCAAAGACUUCUUCGAAGCCAAGAUGCAGGCUCUGUCUCUGGGCAGCAAAUUUGAGGCUGAGAUUCUAGAAGAAAAAGAAGAACGCAAGAGACAGGAAGUGGAGAAAAAACAGAGACAAGCGGCCUUCAAGCAGCUGCAGUCAGCCUUCUGCUCCUGACCCUCCACAGAUACCAACCCUGACAGGCACACGUCUCGGUCCACUGAGUCAGCACUUCUCAUUCCACUUACACUUUAAUCAAUUGCAUUGCUCAGAAUUUGGGAUAUUAUAACAAAACUAGAAAGAAGCAUUGAAGUAAAUACUUUCUAAAAUAUUUGAAAAUACCUUCAACCACUUAACAGGCAAGAUUUAUUCAUUUCAGACUUUCUGCAGCUGUUCAACAGGAAACAACCAGGCAAACACACAGGAAAUGUUGAGUAAUAUCUCUAAAUUCAUGGAAAUAUCAGAUUUAUUGUGCAUUUCUAUGGAACUUCACUUUGUCUCCCUCUGUACAAGAACUGGAAGUUUUCACCUUGAGGGAAUUUGACUUGUUUAGGUAAAGUUAAGCUGUAUUCAGUCAGUACUGUUAACAACAGGUAUUAAAUGGGCUUAUUUACAACCUGCAAUGUAAUAGAAAUAGUAUAGUAAUAGAUAAUAUAAUGAAUGAAUAACUGUAGCAUAAUAUUUUAAUUAUUGUAGAAUAAAAUAGUGUGGAAAUAUUAGCCACUGACUUUGACUCCGUGUACUGAUCCAACACUAAACAGGCUGUGCUCUGAUGGCUUCCAUCUAUAGUAUAUAGUAUGCCACUUCUGAUAAUGAUUUGAUCCACAUAAGGUGCACUCCCUGGUUUGGAUAUUCUGCCCCAAAUCCCCACAUGACCACUAAAACUCAACAGUGAAGUGUCAAGUUUCAAAAUCAGGGAGGUUAUUUUCAAAGGAGGACUUCAACAUUUUGGGAAAUAGGUUAAUUUGAUCAAAAGACUGAUACCAAGCUCAUGUUUGUGUGUUAGGUACACAGAUGAAGUCAGGAUGUGGUUAGCCUAGCUUAGCAUAAAGACUAGAAGCAGAGAAAAACAGCUAGCCUGGCUAAAAGCUGUCCAACAACCCCUCUAACACGGGGUUUACCCCCGCCGACUGGCGCUGCCUGCUUCCCCUCGGCGACCAUGUUAACCAACGGUGCUGUUCACACAGGACGCCCCGCGCCAUGCAGCUUCAAAAAUGCCUCGCCAUAUAGCAGUCAUUAUGGCGUCUGGUCUAUUUUUACCACAUUUUUAAAUGAUAUAGAAGGCAUAUUAUAGAUGAUAUAAAUCUUCUGCCCCUCUCCUGCUGUUCUCAAGUUUCAAUUCCCCAGAUUUUUACAUGAUAAAAUAUCAAAACCUGCCCAUGCUCUAGAUUUACUCAGAAAUAGCCUUGUGUCACUGCUGUAUGUGACUGUGCUUUUUGUUUUUUUUAUGACGUAGGCAACUAGGCACGCAUGCACGCAAUUUCUUAGUUUCAUGAAAUGAACAAGAUGUAACAUGUGAGCGUUAGAUGUUUUGGUUGGUGCAUGUUUUUUCCUUUGGACAGAGCCAGGCUAGCUGUUUCCCCCAGCUUCCAGUCUUUAUGCUAAACUAGGCUAACAACGGCCUGACUCCAGCUCACUUCAUCUACUCUCAGAAAGAAAGCAAAUAGAUCUAUUUUCCAAAUAUCUUUAAUAAUUCCUUUAAAUGUUUAUUCUAUGUCUAAACCAAGGUGAACCACAGCAGACUGAAGACUUUAAACUGCAUUAGUAAAAGCACACAUUAAAAAUUUAAGCAUGCUUACAUGUUGUACCAGGGUUUCUCAACCCUCACUUGGCUUGUGAUUCUAUUUUUAGGAUCUAAAUUGUCAUGACCUCUCCAACUGCACAGGUAAUACUUUGUCAUGUGCAUUUAAGUGUGGUGUAUGUCUCUGUUUUUCAUAGCAUGCAAUGCAUGCAGUGCAAGUGUCUUAUUUAGGCUAGAUAUUGUGAUACAUUUUAAAUCAUCAGUUUAGCUUAUUUCCCAUGUAAAACAGAUCAGAAUUAGAAAUCUCAUGCACUCCUGUAUGCAUAACAAAUGAGUGAAGCGGGUCACCUCUGCACCAGAGUAGACCUGCACUCCUGUCGCUAUGAUAAGUGACAGUGUCUCUGGAAUGGUUCUCCAUCAGUCUGCUUGAGUCUGUGUGGAUCCACAACACCAAAUGAAUGCUCUGCAAUGUUUGAAUCAUUUCUUUAAAACUGACGCUUUCAUGGCUUACACACUGUAACAUAAGAAAUUAGUCUAAUUUGUAGCUUUUCAGAGUGUAUGUAGCGAGAGGUACUCCAGGGAUUUAGUAUUGCACUUUCAUAAAGUUAAGGAACUGCAAGAGACAGAUUUUAAAAGUCUUGUCAAUCUCCCAAAACACAGGCUCCUACAAUCCCCAUAAUGCAAUCCUAGAUCUAAUCUUUGAUUGGACACUGCCGUCCUCCUGCUGGGAGCAUGGAAAAUAAAAAAUAAACAAAAUACACCUACCAACACCUUUUAAAGCUUACACAAACAUUUCUGUUUAGUUGCUCUUUUUGUGCAAACAUAACUAUGUUAAACACAUUUUGUGUUUUUUUUUAUUUUAGGGGAGUGACUCCCCAACUGUGGGGUGCAACCACUCUGGGUGCUGCUGGGUUUUUUCUUGACAUCUAGUGUUCAAUGUUACUAAAGAAGGGAAAGUGUCACAAAUAUACAACACAUCUUUAAUAUGCCAAACCUAAAUAAUCCAUGUAAAGAAGGCAUAUCCGUGUCCAGAACCUGCUCUUUCCUCCACCUGACCGCAGCCUGUGUCAGGAUUUGUAAGUCUUGGGACAGGAGUGCAUUUGGGCUUGAUAUAGAGAUGGAAGGCUGACAAAUUCUGGCAAAGGCAGCAGUCAUGUGCCAUAUACAAGCUCCAUUCCUAACUCCUAAACACUAAUUCCUAAACACAAGUGUUUGAUAACUUUGGUGUCAUUUGAAUUUUGGAACCUAAAAAUGGAGUCACAGGCCUGAAAAAGCUGAACCACUGACCUAAGCGGUGCUUGAAGUGCAGUUUAUGUAUCUGGCCCUCUUUUUUUUAGCUCUAGUAAUGUAUUUAAGUUGUAGCACGUUCAAGUUGUCAUAUAACAAAACUACUGUGCAUAUCACAUCCCUUCUUUUGUAUUUGUUGUGGAAAUUGACAAUGUAUUUUUUCAUAGAUAAAAUAGUAUAUAUUGUUAUUUGUUUUAGCAGAAACUUAACAUGAAAAAGGUCAGUGAAAUAUAUUUUUGGGCACUUGUAAAGAUAUUGUGUUGUUAUAUUCCCUGUCAGAUGGAAGUUUAAUUUGAUUGCAAUAAAGUAUAAAUAAUAAGAAAUA